GUGCUCUACGCUGGAAUGUAUGAGAAACGGUUGUUGGCGCAUCUGUUCAAUCAGUCCAGGUGGGAUGCACACAAUCCAAUUGAAAGACCCACACCAAUCGAGGGGAAACCGGUCGAGGUAUUUCUGAAGUGUUAUCUCAACCAAAUUAUGGAUAUGGAUGAAAAAAACCAGGUCCUCUCGACCAUUAUUUGGCUUGAUUUGAACUGCACCCUCAAGCUGGGCACAUGGACAUAUCAGGGAAACAAAGUGGACCUGAAACUUCAGUGUGAUGAGGAGACCGAGGAAGAACAGGAUUGCAAUAUCAUGAACGAGGUGGAUUUGUCUACCUAUUUGGCUCACAGUGAAUGGGCACUUGAAAGUGCCACCGUUCGGCGGAAUGCGGAUACCUACGGUGGAGUCGAUCAGACCUAUAUUGACGUGACCAUCGAAGUGCAUAUGCAACGCCGUGCUCUCUACUACAUGUUCAACAUCAUUGUGCCCUGUAUGAUCAUGUCUGUGAUGGCGCUGCUUGUGUUCACAUUGCCACCGGAUGCGAAUGAAAAAAUCGUACUGGGUAAAUUACAGUCGNNAUACUGGCUAAAUCAUCCGGAUCAACAGAUGCUUGAUUCCCGUCAAAUAGAUCUGAUCAUUCCACACAAGGUAGCACCGAUUUGGUCAAACAUUAUCGAUCUGGACUCGGAAUUUCGUCCGACCCUAUUGGUGUCGGAGACACCGGUGAAACAGUCGCACCAACAGUCCCAUACAAAAGUCAAUCCGAAUCACAUUGAAUUGCGAGCAGUGAUCACACAGAAUAUGUACCCGCACGUGUCACCGCAACGGGGUUCCGGAAUAUCAAAACUCCCGGCAGGUGUGGCUGACCGAACCCGGUUGGAUGUAGUUCCAAAACAGCGAUUCGAAUACUCCUGUCUUGCAGAAAACAAAGAAUCCGGCUUGCAAAUACCUCCACGUAGCUAUACCCAAAUGAACAUGAUUAAUCAGGCCUCUUGGAGUUUGAGUAGCUCUCCGGAGAAAUUGCCCGGGAAUCCGAUACGGGCAUCCACAAAAUCACGUGGCCCUUUGGAUUCGAGUAACACGCAACAAAAUGUCCAGUCCCAUCUGAUCGAGCCCACACUACUACAAUCGUCACAACCCGCGACACAAACUGGGCCCAGACAGCCAUCUCAGUAUCCAUGGUGUGCGUACAACGCCCAGGAUGCGGACUGGCAGUUGCGUGAAUUCUUCGAAAAAGCUCGAAUUCUGAGAAAACUGAAAGAACUGACCCGUGAAUUGCGUUACAUCACCAGUCGUAUGCAUCGAGAGGACAAAGAGGCACGCACUUCUACCGAGUGGCAAUUGGCCUGUCGAGUGCUUGAUCGUUUGUGCCUCGUAAUUUUUGCCGCAUUGAAUCUGUUCACUUCAGUGGGCAUUCUGACCUCCGCACCGACCAUUAUCAAGGCAUUCACCUGUACUGGAGAGCCCUCGAAACCGAUGUGA